AUGUCACGCCGGAAGCAGAAGAGACCCCAGCAUCUCGUUAACGCGGAUCCGGGGGGCCCAAGGCUCCUAUCUCACGAUGACCACCUGGGCAUAAAGUCACCAUCCACAUCUCUGGGCUCAGAAGUGACCUCAUCAGGGUCUUCCUCCUCAUCCCCCACCUCACUCCAGGACUGCCAGACGCCUCUGGCCCCUCGCCCAUCCCCCGGAGGGCUCCACGCGCCUUCCUUACCCAGCGAGAGCUCGCCUCCUCCCCACUGGCCCAGCCACAUCGCCCCCUUCACCACAUCCCUCCCAAACACCCACUCCUCCCUUUCCCCAGACUUUCCUCACCCAUCGCUGUCUUCCCAGACUCACUCGCCUCCUCCCCUGGGUCAAACCUCUGGUUCCCACCAAGGAGACUCUCAUUCCACCAUGACCUCCCCGCCAAUGGGAAGUUCAGCCACCACCACUACCUCCUCCUCCUCUUCCUCUUCCUCCUCUUCCCAGUGCAUGCCGCCGCACCGCGACAGCUCCAGUCCGGGUCAGCAGCAGGCCUCCAGUUCACCAGGAGAGCAGGGACAGAUCCAGGUGCCUCCAACCCUGGCAGUGCUUUUGGAGGAACUGAGAGUUUUACAGCAGCGGCAAAUCCACCAGAUGCAGAUAACGGAGGAAAUCUGUAGGCAUGUUCUAAGGCUUGGAGGGGCUGUGUUUGGCCAAGAUAAUAGUGCACAGGCCAGCGGUGCAGACAGCAACCAGAAAUCUGCAGGAGCAUCAUCUUCAUCACCAACACAUCCUUCUACUGCCACUCCAGUAACCACAGCCUCAUCACUUUUGAGCAGCCUUCCAUCUUCCCUCUUCCCCCAACCAGCCGUCUCCAAAUCAGGCACUUCACAUGUUAAUGGUAACAGAGCUUCAUCCUCCUCUACCUCCUCCUUGUCAUCCUCUUCUUCCUCAUCUAUUUCAUCCACCAUCAGCUCCUCUGUUGCCUCCCUGCACCCACUGUCCUUGUCACUGGGCCUGCCGCCACGCUACCUCCAUGAGAAAUCCUCUAACACCUCUUCAUUUGGUCACAGCAAUGGCAUCAGUUUCCCGACUCCUCCCCUUCCCACUACCAGCCAUUCCCAGGACCUCCAGUCCAGCUCCUCUCUUACUUCCACCUCCUCAUCAGGACGCCCUCAGCAUGUCUGCCGUUUUUGUGGGAAAGUGCUGAGCAGUGAUUCAUCCCUCCAAAUACACCUGAGGUCACACACAGGUGAAAGGCCCUACCAGUGUCCAGUCUGCCUGAGCCGUUUCACAACCAGAGGGAACCUCAAAGCUCAUUUCCUGCGACACAGAGAGCAGAACCCAGAGUUGUCUCUCUCCCUGCUGCCCCCAGCACUGUCAGAGCAAACACAGAGUGGAUCAACUUCGGGGGGCAUCCAGAGAAGGCGAAAGCGACGGGCUGAUGAUGACGAGCCAUUUAACGGAGUGAAAGGAAGCGUUCGCGGGAUGACAGAGAGCAUGGCUUUAGGAUUCCUGUCUGGUGCUUCCGCUCGGCCUUCGCCUUCCUCUCUACCUCUGCCCCCCUCAGUGGACAUGGCUCUGCUCUCCACAGCCCAUUCACUGCUACAGUUGAACAGAGCCUCAGCUGCAGCUGCUGCCAGCUCUAGCACUGUGCUGCCUUCUUCCUCCUCAUCUUCAUCCUCCCCCUCCUCCAUAGGCAGUCAGUUUAAAGGAGCAAAGCAGCAGCGGUUUGAUGAGAACACUCCUCCUCAUUCUUCCCUCCAUUCCACCUCCCCUUACUCCCAGCUGGCUCACCUGCCCAAGAUUGUUUUUCCUGGAGGUACCUCCCCUCACCACCUCGCACUUCUCCGUCCCCCAGGCCACCCAUCCACGUCCCACCUCACCUCUCCUCAUCAGCUACCCUUCCCCUUCCCACCUUUCCCCAAACCAUCCAGCUCUUCCCCCUCCUCCUCUUCUCCCACCACCUCCACCCAGACUUCAGACACAUCCAAGUUGCAGCGACUGGUACAGAAGCUUGAAAAGCAGCCACAAGGAGGUGCUUCUUCCUCCUCGUCUCCCUCCACCUCCUCACAAACCCCUGCUGAAGCCAGUGGCGACACACACGGGCAUGACCUGUCCACCACCUCCAGUGCCUAUCGCAGGGAAAUGUUGGCUGCUCUCGGACUAAGCCCUAGUGCCAAUGCUGCAGGACUAGAGACCAGCCAGGGAGUCUCAGGCACUACAACUACCACGACUGUCCCUUCUCUGCCCACCGCACAGGCUGCUAAUCAAUGUGGAGUGUGUCUGCGUGUCCUCAGCUGCCCCAGAGCUCUUCGUUUGCACCAGGCCACACAUCUGGGAGAGCGGCCAUUCCCUUGUAAGCUCUGUGGCCGUUCCUUCUCCACAAAGGGCAGCCUUAGAGCCCACCUGGCCACUCAUCGUGCAAGACCACCCAACGCCCGUGCCCUGAACUCCUGCCCGCUGUGCCCACGCAAGUUCACUAAUGCUUUGGUUCUUCAGCACCACAUCCGCUUGCACUUAGGGGGGCAGAUACCACCCGAUGAAGACAUGCCACCUGAAGAUGGAGCAGAAACAGAGAGUGCCGUCUGCGAUGAUGGUGAGAAUGACUCCAUUAGCUCCCCAUCUAAAGGACAGCAGCUCCUUCCUCUGGCCUUAACAACAGGCUCUAAGUCUCCAAAUGACGCUCUCAACUCAGGGUCUAAUUUUAAGCAAUCCACAGAUGUCACUGCUGUGAAGACUGAGGAAUUUGACGGCUCAACACCCAGUGUUAGUCCACCUCUGACCCGUAAUCCCCCCUCAGCGGGAGCAGAGGACCCCCUGAGUCUGGGAGACAACGCCCCAGCUGAUGGUAGCCCCACAAACGGCUCCGUGCACUCUGAGGAGGACGCCCACGCUGACCUGGGCAGCACCAGCCCUUUUAAAGCACCUAUAGCUAGUUCUCAUUCAGCUGUAGAGAAUUCAGAGGCCAAUGAUGCCCCUCUGUCCCUGUGUGUUCCUAAGCCUGCUGUUGAAAACGACAUGCUGCACAGAGAGGUUAAUGGUGAUGAAGCGGGCUCCACAGAUGAACCUCCCACUAGUCCCAAUUCUAACCCAAAAGCUGCAAAACCUGUACCUGCACUCACCCCUCCUGCCAGCCCCAGAGCUAUCCCAGAAACAGAAGAGGCCUGUGGCAGCACACCACAUGAGUCACAGGAGAAAGAUCCUGCCCACAGCAAAGGGAAGAGUGAAACACCCAGAGAGGAGACGGAGCUGGAGAAGGACACUCCAAAUGAGGAGGGUCAUAGCGUGUCAGAAAAGCCUUCAGAGGACCCUGAGCCCACUGUCGCUGCACCAGCACCGCACACCCAGCCUCCUCGCCCAGACAAACCCUACAGCUGCUCCCACUGUGGAAAGGCGUAUGCCAGCCGAAGCGGACUUAAGGGGCAUAUGAAAACUCAUCCUGGAGCGUUGAACAACACCCCCUCCAAGGCUCAAACCAAUGACAAUGACUUUGCGGAGGAUCGCAAUUCACAGUCAGCCAAUAAGAACCCUGGACAGCAGGAGGACAAACAGGGAUUGGCUAAAUCCCCCGAGAAAGGUGACAGCUCAGAUCCUGUACCAAUCAGUGUUGGUUCUGAUGUGGCAGGAGAAGCUGUGGACACCACUGCAUAGAAAGUUAGUGUU